UUGUAGCAUGAAGCAGGGCAGCGCUUCUGUGACAGCCGGCGGCUUUGCGGGGAGAUGGGGCGGACGCCGCUCGCCCGCGCUGCCUUUUCCUCCCGUUCCCCUCGCUCUUGCCGCGAAACCUUUCCAGGUUUUCAUUACCUUUUUGAAAGAUGGGAAAUGCAGAAAGCAACACCUAUCAGAAUCACCUGUCCAGAUUUCUUCCUGAAGAGCAGACUGACAUCGAUGGAUUGUUUGAUACUUUAUCAAGUGGUGCAGCAGGAGCAAAAAGUGGAAAAGCUAUGAAAAAAAUCAUGACUCUGGCAGCACUACAGGCCUAUAUGCGGGAACCAUUACCAGAGCAAAUGACUGUUCGGUUGUACAAUGGAAUGAAAAGUAUUGACCUGAGUGGGAAGUCAUCUGGACCAAGCGAACAGAUUGCUAAGGAGCAAUUUGUAAUUUUUAUGUCAAACCUCUUAAAAGGGAAUGCAGAUGAGAAGAUUACCAUAAUAAUGAGAAUGAUCUCCAAGACAGAAGGGUCUGUGAAGGGCAAACAAAUCCAAGAGUUCACAGAGGAUCUGAUCAUGUCUCUAGUCCAUGUACUGAAUUACAGGAAGGAACUGAAAGGUUGGAAUUUGGAGAACACUAGAGAUUCUGCAAGUGGCGCAAAGGUUUUGGCUUCUCAGCUGCUGUCAGAAUUGAAGCUUGCAGAUGGGAAGAAACCUGUAGGUCCUCAGCUGAUGGAGACCACUUUUGAUCAAAGCGUCAUUGAGGACUGGGUGUAUCGAGUUCCACACAUCUCAACUUUCCUCAGUGUUGUUAUCAGACAAGGCUUCCAUGUCCUGCAUUCUCUCUCAGACCAAGCCAAAGACAUAGUCAACUUGGUUCCAGGCUGCAAAGGCAUCAAAGGAAGAGGACUUAUCAGUCUCUUUGACAUCCCAUCCAUCAUAUACAUCAACUCCCAUCUGCCUGUAGAGCUACAGCACAAGUGGCAACUUUUAUUUUCUUCUAGAGUUCACGGGGAAAGCUUUUCACAGUUAUGUGGGCAUAUUGUGAACAAAGGUCCCUGCGUAGUGAUCCUAAAGGACUUAGAUGGUUAUAUCUUCGGUGGAUUUGCAUCUCAUUCCUGGGAGGUGAAGCCACAGUUUCAAGGUGAUGACAGAUGCUUUCUCUUUUCUGUUUUUCCCUCUCUUGCUGUGUACAUAUGCACUGGAUACAACAACCACUACAUGUAUUUGAACCAUGGCCAACAAACAAUGCCAAAUGGACUUGGUAUGGGCGGACAACAUGAUUACUUCGGACUCUGGAUAGACAGCGACUAUGGGAAAGGACAUAGUAAAGCAAAACCUCGAUGCACCACCUACAACAGUCCCCAGCUGUCAGCCAAAGAGAAUUUUACACUGGAUGCUAUGGAAGUUUGGGCAGUGGGAGACCUCCCAGAAAGUGCAGUGAUAAAAGGUAAGAAGAGUAUCCUAGAUGUAGAUCCCGAGGCUCAGGCGUUAUUAGAAAUGGCCGGAAAAAGUCGGCAGAGUGAUGGUUUACGAGAACCCAUUGAAGAGGAUGAUGAUGGUAACUAAAGAAAUCAGUAUCCUGAAAAACUUUUUUUUUUUUUUUUUUUUACUCCUGAAUGUUAACGUUCCUUGAACAGGACAUUUUUCCUUGUAUUUUUUCACGUUUAUAUAGAUAUAUGGAACUAAGCUUAAGUCUAGGACUUACAUAAUAUUUAGAUCCAAGAAAAUAUCCUAUUCAAAGCAUUUUUGUUUGGAGAGGGUAGAAAAAUUAACUAGGUAAUUAAUCAUUAGACAUCUGUAAGUUCUAGCUGAAAAUGAAUUUGCUAGCAUUCCUAAUAGAUCCUGUCUUCAUACACAAUUAAAAACAAGGAACAAGUUAUUGACAAAACUGCUUGUUGACCUAGAAUUUGAUACCUAUUUAUAUAAAGAAUGGUCAAGACAUCGAUUAAGCUUCUCAUACCUCAGCUGAAAGUAUUUACUUGCACGUGAUGGAAUUUGUCAGUGAAGCUUGCAAAUUGUUAGUAUGUCAUACUUCUGUACGUAUAGAACAGUCCAAAUGAUUCCAUAUAAAAGAUGCUACUAAUUUGCAAUGCUCUAGUUAAAGCUGUACCUUUCAGAUUUUCUAAGUCUGAUUUCAAUAAGGUGAUACCAUAUGGGCUGUGAAAAGUACAGAAUGUUAAAUAUACAGCAUCCACUUCUAUAAUAACACACUAUACUUCCAUGAAUUUCACUUAAUAUUAUUCUGCAGAAAUCAGCCUAUUUCCUUUCAAACAAGACAAGAGCUCUCAGAGUCAUUCAGUCAUAUUUAUCUUAAGAACAGGCUAACCCUGUGAUCCUUGAACAAACAUACUCCAGCAGAAAUUCCUAGGCAAGAUAACCUUCUUUAGUAGUCUAAUUUGAGAUUGGAGUAAAAAAAUUAGGCUGUAAAAAGGAAUAGGUAGGAAACAUGUAGUUAGUUGGGAAUAAUAGCUGCAGAUAAUUUGAAAACAAUUUGGUUGCAUCUUUAACUUGUUUAAAGAACAUUGCUGCACACCUUAUUGCCAGAGAAUUAAUGAUCACUGUAUUAUUGAUUACUGUAUUCUGAAAAAAAGAAAAGGCUGAAGUCUGAAAAUUAACGAAUGGGUUGGGGUUUUUGUCCCUGUUCCAUUGUUGGCUGUUUACCAGUCAAGGUCAAGUUGUGUAAAAUCUCUUAUACUCAGGACUUUUUCUACUGGAACCCAUUCACAUCUAUCACUAAUUAUUGGUUUGAUAUUUCUAAUUCUCUGUGUGAUUAACUUGUCAAAAAACCUCUCAUGUCUGCCAGGGAUUGACAUUUCUAACUUAACAGAUUUGUUUGGACAAAAAGCAGUGUUUAUGCAUGUUGUUAGUACGUAUGAGUGUCAGUCUUUCUCCUCCUAAGGAAAAGAACUGUAUCAAAACCUUUUUGCACUAGAGUGAAUUUGUCAUAGAAAAGGUCUAAAUUUCCAUGAAGCUUAGUGCAAAAAAUGUACUGGAACAGUAUAUACAAUUAUUGUGGUUCCUGAUCUUGGGGCUUUCAUUACGAACGCUAUUCUACAGCACUUUAUUGUAUGUACCCCUCCCUCCUCCCCCCCCCCCCCCCCCGGUGCUUUUUCAUAGGGAGCUGGAUUUGAACAUUUUAAAUAAUUUGCAUUUGUGCCUUGAUUUAGACCCCACUUACUUUUUUUACAAAAUGAAUUUACCCUUGAAAGGCAAUCAUGAAGAAAACACUACAGCUAUAGGCCCUAGAAAUCAAUGAUGCAUUUUGUAUAUUAUCUGAGCCUAAGAACAGUGUAUGCUGUGAAAGGCCCGAGCCAAUUUCCUUGUAUGUUGUGUCUAUUUAAAUAAACCAGAUAGCCUCCAAAGUUUGUAACACAUAAGAAAAUGUAAGCAAUAAAACAAUCCUUAAUUAAAACUGA